AUGGGCACCUUCAUUGGUCACAUAUCGCCUGGCUUGGCGUUCCUUUCCUUCGGCAUUCUCUACGCUUUCAAGUUUUCCCUGAUGGUGCUUCGAGGCGAGAAGAUCCAACUUGUAUCAGCUGCUCGGCCACGUGGGUGUCGGAGCUGUUUGAGGCGAAUUCCUGCUGAAGGAGUGAUGAAGAUCGUUUACGGUACCCUGGCAGUCAUGGCGGAAUUCUUUUAUCCGCCCGGUGUGAAUAAACUGAUAAUUUAUAACAAAGAGAAACCUGACUAUCCAUUCAUCCACCCCAACGAGUGGCAGCAUGUCACCAUGUAUUCCUAUUUCGCUCUAAGUGGCUGGGUGGACAUUAUCAGUCAGGCCUGUCUGCCCAGACGCUUAUUCCUGUUGGAAAAUAUUGCCAUCACCCUCGCUUUUUACACCCAAGCCCUGAUCCUUCAUUCUCACAUGCAUGGAAAAGAACGAGUGGAAAAUUCGGUGCACACUUUGCUGCUUCUCGCCUGCUUUCUCGUUUGUCUGAUCCUCACUGUUGAGAUCUGGAGACCCAAUGACCACGUCCUUUGGUUCACCAAGACCUGCCUGGUGAUGACCCAAGGGAGCUGGCUUCUCCACGCCGCCUUCAUCCUCUACAAGCCAUUCACAGGGAAGCCCUGGAAGAGCGAAGACAUGGCCAACCUCAUGUUUGUCACCAGCUUUUUCUGCUGGCAUAUUGCACUGAACAUAAUCCUGCUCCUGGCUAUCUUUUCACUCACUGGACUCUGGCUCAGUCGCUGCUCCUGCCGCGGGAGCGGCUCAGCCUUACAGAACACCAAGACACUCAACUUCUACCUGAAGUGGGCCGACGGUACAGGCGUCCCAUCAGAACAUGACAAACUCCAGGCCGUAGAGGAGGAAAUGCAAUUGCUUCAAGAAUGUGACUUUUAA